GCUUGCGCAGUAGCAACCUUCACAAUCGAGUAGCCUGUCACGAUCGAGUAAUGACAAUAACUACUGGUCGAGGUGGAACAUUAUUUCUCCGCGGAUUUUUUUUCUUUGAGCGCGUCUUGUUUUUCCUCGAUUUCAUCCACUUAACUAAACCGAAGCCUCGACAAUUUGUCCAGCAUUAGCUACCUUACGGACUCAAACAUCAGUCAAGCUUCAAGUCUCGGCACUCGUUGAAGUUUUGCGGCCUACUUUAGCCUAGCCUAGCCUAGCUGGCCAACCACUAACAAAGCUGCAAGCUUACUUAGUUCAAGUGAGGAAAAUUUCCGCAAAAACGACAACGGCUGCAGUAAAGUUCCAGGAGGAACUUUGUGGAGUCAAAGAGGAGCCCCGACGUCACCAACAUUCAACUGUGUGCAAAAUAAUGCACGCAAAGGUUGUUCUUCACAGACUAGAAGAUCUAUAUGUCAGCCAAGCCCAUCGUCCUGAGCUCCAGUUGUCUGCAUGCAUCAAAGAGGAGGAAGAGGAAGAGUCACCAUACAUCGAGGAAGAGGAGGACUUCGUACCCAUUAAAGGUUUCAGCAAAUAUCUUGGUCCCGAGUGGCAGGAGUCCGAGUCUCCUGGCAUGAAAGAGGAAGUGGAGCACCCACAUAUGAAACAGAAAGAGCCAGAGCACCCUCAACAGCAAAAAAAAGAAAUGCAACUUCCAAUCAAAAAGGAGGAAGUAGAGCUGCCAUACGUUAAAGAGGAGGACGAUGUCACCAUGUCGAUUGGUGAGCCCUUGAAGAGUGAGAAUGGUCCGAGUGACGCCAGCAGAGGGACGGAGUCUCCAAGCAGCAGCUCAGGAGAAGGAUUGCAAGCACACAUUUUCAUUGCACCAUCAGAUGGAAAUUGCGCCAGGUCACACUCACCUGACAAAGAUGAUUUUCAUAAGAAAUCUCACUGUGAGGACAAACUCUGCAAAUGCUCUCGCAGUGGGAAAACCUUUACUUCUAAGCAAACUUGUCGUACGCAUAUGAGGAAGCACACUGACGAAAAACCUUUUUCCUGCUCAGAUUGUGGUCAAGGAUUCCGUUAUAAGAGUGGCUUAAAAGUACACACAAGAACCCACACUGGUGAAAAACCUUUUUCCUGCUCAGUUUGUGGUCAAAAAUUCACUCAGAAGAACAACUUGGACAGACACACAAGAACCCACACUGGUUUCAGCAAAUAUCUUGGUCUCGAAUGGCAGGAGUCGGAGUCUCCUGGCGUGAAAGAGGAAGUGGAGCACCCACAUAUGAAACAGGAAGAGCCAGAGCACCCUCAACAGCAAAAAAGAGAAGUGCAACUUCCAAUCAAAAAGGAGGAAGUAGAGCUGCCAUACGUUAAAGAGGAGGACAAUAUCACCAUGUCGACUGGUGAGCCCUUGAAGAGUGAGGAUGGUCCGAGUGAGGCCAGCAGAGGGACGGAGCCUCCAAGCAGCAGCUCAGCAGAUGGAUUGCAAGCACACAUUUUCAUUGCACCAUCAGAUGGAAAUGGCGACACGUCACACUCACCUUACAAAGAUGAUUUUCAUAAGAAAUCUCACUCUGAGGACAAACUCUGCAAAUGCGCUAUCUGUGGGAAAACCUUUACUUCUAAGCAAGCAUGUUGUACGCAUAUGAGGAGCCAUACUGGUGAAAAACCUUUUGUCUGCUCAGUUUGUGGUCAAAAAUUCACUCAGAAGAACAACUUGGACAGACACACAAGAACCCAUGCUGGCGAAAAACCUUUUUCCUGCUCAGUUUGUGGCCAAAGAUUCAGUCGAAAGGGUGGCUUAAACGAACACACAAGAACCCACACUGGCGAAAAACCUUUUUCCUGCUCAAUUUGUGGUCAAAGAUUCAGUCAAAAGAGCACCUUCAACACACACUUGAGAACCCAUACUGGCGAAAAACCUUUUUCCUGCUCAGUUUGUGGCCAAAGAUUCAGUCGAAAGGGUGGCCUAAACGGACACGCAAGAACCCACACUGGCGAAAAAGCUUUUUCCUGCUCAGUGUGUGGUAAAAAAUUCUCUGAAAAAGCCUACUUGAAAAGACACACAAGAACCCAUACUGGUGAAAAACCUUUCAUCUGCUCAGUUUGUGGUCAAAGAUUCAGGAGAAAGAGCACCUUAAGCACACACACAAGAAACCACAUGGGCGAAAAAGCUUUUGUCUGCUCAGUUUGUGGUAAAAAAUUCACUUGGAAGAGCAACUUAAGUGCACACUCGAAAACCCACACUGGCGAAAAACCUUAUUCCUGCUCAGUUUGUGGCCAAAGAUUCAAUAGAAAGAGUGUCUUAAACGAACACACAAGAACCCACACUUGCAAAAAACCUUUUUCCUGCUCAAUUUGUGGUCAAAGAUUCGCUCGAAAGCCAUACUUGAAGAUACACUCAAAAACCCACACUGGAGAAAAACCUUUUUACUGCUCAGUUUGUGGCCAAAGAUUCAGUCGAAAGAGUGGCUUGAACGAACACACAAGAACCCACACUGGAGAAAAACCUUUUUCCUGCUCAGUUUGUGGUCAACGAUUCGCUCGAAAGCCACACUUGAGGAUACACUCAAGAACCCACACCGGAGAUGAACCUUUUUCCUGCUCAGUGUGUGGUAAAAAAUUCACUCACAAGAGCAGCUUAAACACACACUCAAGAACACACACUGGCGAAAAACCUUUUUCCUGCUCAGUUUGUGGCCAAAGAUUCAGUCGAAAGGGUGGCUUAAACGAACACACAAGAACCCACACUGGUGAAAAAGCUUUUUCCUGCUCAGUUUGUGGUAAAAAAUUCACUUGGAAGAGCAACUUAAGUGCACACUCGAAAACCCACACAGGCGAAAAACCUUUUUCCUGCUCAGUUUGUGGUCAAAGAUUCGCCCUGAAGGAAUACUUAACAAAACACACAAGAAUCCAUACUGGUGAAAAACAUUUUUCCUGCUCAGUUUGUGGUCAAAGAUUCAGUCACAAGAGCGAAGUUAACACACACACUAAAACCCACACUGGCGAAAAAGCUUUUUCCUGCUCAGUUUGUGGUUAGAAAAAAAAAAUCAGUCACUAGAACACCUUAAACACACAAGAAUCCACACUGGUGAAAAACCGUUUUCAGUUUGUGGUCAAGGAUUCACUUGGAAGGAUCAGAUGAAGAGACACGUGGUAUGAGAAGCAGUGGCCAAUGACUGUUUUGUCUGUCUUCUAUGAUUGCCACAUCAGAUUUUGCUCGCAGAACGAUUGUAUUCUGUAAAGCUUCCUCAAAUCCUGUUGAAAACUGAUACUUUUGGUGCCUUACGUGUGCUUUGUCCUAUUCUUGUAUGAUGUGCAUCCACACUAUUGCCAGAAGUAUUGUCUCACCUGAUUUAACUCUCGAGUGAAGCACUAGAGCAACAAGUUCUUUAACACACGACAAUAAUCAUAAUAAUAAAUCCUGUCGUACGUUGUUGCCAAAGAAGUAAUCCUUCUUUUGUCCGAGUCCGUCUCCUUUUCUUUUUCCGGGCAAUUAUAACAAGUGAUCGAACUGGAGGGCACACACCUAAUCGGUGUACUUCCGCCAGUUUUCUGAUUGGUUAGCUUUGUGGCACAUUUGCUAAAUGUGUGCUAAACUGAUAGCGCAGAGAAAGCGUUGAUUGACAGAUUGAGCGGUGGGGGGAAUUGAGCGUGUAAAAUUAACAUUCAAACAUAAUUAUGGAGCACAGAGUAGAUUUUCUUUUGCUCAAUAUUGUUUCCUGUGCUCCAGUUCUAUUAUUGCUUGCUCAAAAUCCUUUAAUUGCUCACUCAGUGGCACAAAUAUAACGCCACAGAGGGCAAACUGCUACAGGAAGCCUCAGGAUUGCCAUUUUUGUAAAUAUUUUUUGUUUUUAUCUUGCAUGAGAGAAUUUGCAAUAUUGCUUUAGCCUUUUAAGGUGUUUACCGAGCUAUACAUACAUUUUAAAUAUACAGUGCCUUGCAAAAGUAUUCGGCCCCCUUGAAUCUUGCAACCUUUCGCCACAUUUCAGACUUCAAACAUAGAUAUGAAAUGUAAUUUUUUUGUCAAGAAUCAACAAGUGGGACACAAUCGUGAAGUGGAACAACAU